GCGUAUUACCCAUGAAUCUUUAAAAGCCUUGAAAAUCGUGAGAAGUCGCACGCGUCACGCAAGUGAAAGCUGGGACUGAACCAACAUGGCGGCGAUAUUUUACUCUCGUCUUUGCAUAAGAAACAGUAGUCGUUUAGCAAAUUCACUUGCACGGCCUUCUUUUGCGUCCUCGACCAUUUCUUUCUCCCCCAGAGUUCAAAGUGUGGUUUUUAAAAAGACAGUGCAUUCCUCGGCAAAUCGUAAAGCUGAGCUCGAAAUUUCCCCAUCACAGCCAUCAGCCCACUGGAAGGGAGAGCGCUUUGUCAGUGUUGCACUGCUGACUUUGAUUCCCACAGGAAUCAUUUACCCAUCAGCUGUUGUGGACUGGGCUCUAGCAGUAGUUGUUCCUCUUCAUAACCACUGGGGUGUAGGCCAAGUGUUAACAGACUACAUUCAUGGUUCUUCUAUGCCUAAAGUGGCCAAAGGAAUUUGGCUGGCUGUGUCAAUCUUACAAUUUAUUGGCCUGUGCUAUUUCAAUUACGCUGAUGUCGGCAUCUGCAAAGCUGUCAGUAUGAUCUGGCACAUGUAACAACUUAUGUGGAAUGGCAAAGGGGGAUCAAUAUUAGUCUCUGGACAACUGCAUACUUACCCCUCCCCUAACCAAACAUUAACCCUUGUCAUCAGUUGACUGGUUUUUUGGGUAAUAGGGGAGGGGAAGGUGGGCAGACAUGGAUCCUAAUACUGAAUACUAUAUCAUUUGAUCUGAUAUGGAGGGUAAAAUUGAAUAUCAUGUUCAUAGAUGUUAUUCUUUUUAGAACAGAUAUUUAUAGACUGAAAUAAGUUGUUAAACUGCUGUUGUGGUCACUUCUUAUGAUGAUCCACUACUUACCAGUGUGUAUGUCAGAUUAUCAAAAUCCAGAAUUUUACAAUCCUUUUCUUUGUAACCAACAGCAUUUUGGGGGGAACUUGAGGGACUUCAUUCAGGGAGAACUCUUCAGGCACUACACAAAAUUUUCUUGCUAACCUAUAUUAUGCAGUCACCCUGUCAUUCCCUGUGGAUAAUUACAAGAAGAAGGGAUAUUAAUCAUUGAAGUGUGAUGCUGUUUCACAGUAUUUAAUAAAUUCCAAAGCUUUGUCAUAAGUAUUUGAAGCAUCUCUACAAAAAGAUAGCUUCAGUUUUUGAAUGGCACUCUACCUUCAGUUAAGUGAACUAUUCUGGUGAUAGUUUGUUUCUUUCUCUUUGGAAAGUUAUCAAUUAGUAAAUGUUUUGUUACAUGAUACCAUGCAUCUAGUUGCUUAAUUUAAUAAAGUUUCACUCAUGAUUAUAAUGAGA